AUGUUAAAAGUCGUUGGUGCAUCGUGGCAAAAAACGCGGAUAGGGACCUACAUCCUGAUCGGUGCUGGUCUCUUGGUCAUCGGAGCCUUCUUCAUUGGCUACAUGGAGAGGCCGGAGUACGAUGGCACCUAUUGUGCCACCGCUCUGUGGACCAAACAGGUGGGCUUCCAAAUUGAAAACUGGAAGCAGCAGAACGAUCUGGUCAACAUACCCACGGGUGUUGGACGCAUUUGCUACAAGGAUUCGGUUUAUGAGAAUGGUUGGGCCCAAAUCGAAGUGGAGACGCAAAGAACUUAUCCGGAUUGGGUGCAGGCCUAUGCCGCCGGAAUGCUGGAGGGUUCGCUGACCUGGAGGAACAUCCACAAUCAGUGGACCAAUACCAUUUCCUCGUCUUGCGAGCGUGACGAGAGCACCCAGAAGUUCUGCGGUUGGCUCAGGGACCUUUUGACCACCAACUACCAACGCUUGAAGCGGCAGACUGAAAAGGCUGAGAAUGAUCACUACUGGCAUCAGCUGCAUCUGUUCAUCACCCAGCUGGAGGGCCUGGAAACUGGCUACAAGCGAGGAGCAUCUCGAGCACGUUCCGACUUGGAGGAGGAGAUACCAUUUUCCGAUUUCCUGCUGAUGAAUGCCGCUGCCGAUAUUCAGGACCUGAAGAUCUACUACGAGAACUAUGAGCUGCAAAAUAGUACGGAACAUACCGACGAACCCGGCACCGAGCAGCCCAAGAACUUCUUUCUGCCCAGUGCCACCAUGCUGACGAAGAUCGUCCAGGAGAAGAAGUCGCCACAGGUGCUUCAGUUGCUCUUCGGCCACAGCACGGCUGGCAGUUACUCCUCCAUGUUGAGGAUCCAGAAGCGGUACAAGUUUCACUACCACUUCUCGCCGAAACUCAGGAGUAACACGGUGCCCGGUGUGGAUAUCACUUUCACCGGUUAUCCUGGUAUCCUCGGAUCCACCGAUGACUUCUACACCAUCAAAGGACGUCAUCUGCACGCAAUCGUCGGAGGAGUGGGCAUCAAGAACGAAAAUCUGCAGCUUUGGAAGACGGUGGAUCCCAAGAAGAUGGUGCCCUUGGUGGCACGCGUAAUGGCCGCCAAUCGGAUAUCCCAGAAUCGUCAGACUUGGGCCAGUGCCAUGACCAGGCAUCCAUUUACGGGAGCCAAGCAGUGGAUCACCGUCGAUCUGAAUAAAAUGAAGGUGCAGGAUAACUUGUACAAUGUCCUCGAAGGCGAUGACAAACAUGACGAUGCGCCGGUGAUGGUGAACGAAAAGGAUAGAACUGCCAUCCAACAGCGUCACGAUCAGCUAAAGGAUAUGGUCUGGAUUGCCGAGCAGCUGCCGGGUAUGAUGACCAAGAAGGAUGUUACGCAGGGAUUCCUGAUGCCGGGCAACACGUCCUGGCUGGCCAAUGGAGUGCCGUAUUUCAAAAAUGUCCUGGAGCUGAGCGGCGUCAACUACAGCGAGGAUCAACAGCUCACGGCGGCCGAUGAGGAGGAGCUGACCAGCCUGGCGUCGGUGGAUAAGUACCUGCGCACUCAUGGAUUCCGUGGCGAUCUGCUGGGCAGCCAGGAGUCGAUUGCCUAUGGCAACAUAGAUCUGAAAUUGUUCUCCUACAAUGCCCGACUGGGCAGCAGCGAUUUCCACGCCUUUGCGGGUCCAGUCUUCCUCAAGUUUCAGCAUAUCCAGCCGCGAAUCUUCGAGGAUGAGAGCAAGGAUGGUGCUGUUCCACCCGCCGCCUCCAUGGGCGACGAGCGGCUGAGCGUGAGCAUCGAGGAUGCGGAUAGUCUGGCAGAGAUGGAACUGAUCACGGAACGGCGAUCAGUGCGAAAUGAUAUGAGGGCCAUUGCCAUGCGCAAGAUUGGCAGCGGACCCUUCAAGUGGUCGGAAAUGAGUCCCGUGGAGGAGGGCGGUGGCCAUGAGGGGCAUCCUGAUGAGUGGAACUUUGACCAGGUCUCGCCCAAGUGGGCGUGGUAGGCGCUGAGGAGCAGGCUUCUUCUUCUAUUUUAACCCGUAGAACCCAAUCGAAUUUGUACCCAAAAACCCACCUCCAUCCAUUUUGAAAACUGGAAAGCAAUAUUUGUCCUAGAUUCAGUAGUUAGUGUCUUGUCUUGUCUCGUCUCGUAUAACUUGUGUGUUCCUAGUUGGUACAUAACCUACGUCCAUAGUCUUCUAGUGUCUACUGUACUUAUGUAUGUAUGCGUGUCCAAUCGAUUGUUGUCUUCCAGCUGUACAAGUUCUUAUUUUCCGUAGGUCUUUUGUAAAUUAGCAACAAAAUUGGAAACAUAUUUUUUAGCAACAAAUUUUUGUACUUUAGUAACUUUAAACAAAUUGUAAAUUAAUAAAAACCA